UUUUAUCGACGUAGUAGUAGCAGUAUCUUCUGCUACUCAGUGGAUUUAGGGACGAAGCAGAGAUAUUAACGUUUCUUUUGAAGUGAAAAAUGUAUUCGAAAACUAUCGGCAAUCGCCAAGCGGUUCAAGAACAUGUUUUGGCCGUUUCUAGAGAUUUCGUUUCUCAACCUCGCCUUACCUAUAGAACUGUUUCUGGUGUCAAUGGACCAUUGGUGAUAUUGGAUGAAGUUAAAUUUCCAAAGUAUGCUGAAAUUGUACAAUUAAAACUGUCAGAUGGGUCCUUACGAUCUGGACAAGUUUUGGAAGUUUCUGGUUCUAAAGCUGUAGUACAAGUAUUUGAAGGUACUUCUGGAAUCGAUGCAAGAAACACUCAUUGUGAAUUCACCGGUGAUAUCCUUCGAACACCGGUGUCUGAGGAUAUGCUGGGUCGUGUAUUUAAUGGAUCUGGAAAGCCAAUAGACAAGGGUCCACCUAUUCUUGCUGAAGAUUUCUUAGAUAUUGGUGGACAACCAAUUAAUCCCUGGUCACGUAUUUAUCCAGAAGAGAUGAUACAAACUGGAAUUUCUGCUAUAGACGUUAUGAAUUCUAUUGCUCGUGGUCAAAAGAUACCUAUUUUCUCUGCUGCUGGUCUUCCGCAUAAUGAAAUCGCUGCACAAAUCUGUCGUCAAGCUGGUCUUGUCAAAGUACCAGGAAAAUCAGUUUUAGACUCUCAUGAGGAUAACUUUGCCAUAGUAUUCGCAGCUAUGGGUGUAAAUAUGGAAACCGCACGAUUCUUCAAACAAGAUUUUGAAGAGAAUGGCUCUAUGGAGAAUGUCUGUCUUUUCUUAAAUUUAGCUAAUGAUCCUACUAUUGAGAGAAUUAUUACACCACGAUUAGCCUUGACAACUGCCGAAUUUUUAGCAUAUCAGUGUGAAAAACACGUGCUAGUCAUUCUCACUGAUAUGUCUUCAUAUGCUGAAGCUCUUAGAGAAGUAUCAGCAGCACGAGAGGAAGUACCUGGUAGACGUGGUUUCCCUGGUUACAUGUACACAGAUUUGGCGACCAUCUAUGAAAGAGCAGGACGAGUUGAAGGACGUAAUGGUUCUAUUACUCAAAUACCAAUUCUUACUAUGCCAAAUGAUGAUAUUACACAUCCUAUUCCUGAUUUGACUGGAUAUAUUACUGAAGGACAAAUAUACGUUGAUCGUCAAUUACAUAACAGACAAAUUUAUCCACCAAUAAAUGUCCUCCCAUCACUUUCUCGUCUAAUGAAAUCUGCUAUUGGAGAGGAAAUGACACGAAAGGAUCAUUCUGAUGUUUCAAAUCAAUUGUAUGCGUGUUAUGCUAUUGGAAAAGAUGUGCAAGCCAUGAAAGCAGUCGUAGGAGAAGAAGCUUUAACUCCUGAUGAUUUGUUAUAUUUGGAAUUUUUAACAAAGUUUGAAAAGAAUUUCAUUUCACAAGGAAGUUAUGAAAAUCGUACAGUUUUUGAAUCAUUGGAUAUUGGUUGGCAAUUGCUUCGUAUUUUCCCUAAGGAAAUGCUUAAAAGAAUCCCAACCAGUACUCUUGCUGAAUUUUAUCCAAGAGAUUCUCGUCAUUAAUUUUUAUUAAUCUAUGAUUUAACGCACCUCGUUAAGUAACCGCCCCUAAAACAAUAAGAACAGAAUACAUAUGUCUGACAUAAUGUCAGUUUUUCAUUCGGUUGUACAACUAUACAUAAUUAUAAUAUGUUAUUGAAAAUAAUUUAUGCCAUUACGUAAAAAGAAAAAAAAAAAAAUAGAUAAAAAAAAACUGUUUUUGUUGGAUUAUGAAAUAUGAGAUGUAUUCUUAUAUUUAAUAGAAGUCUAACAUAAUUCUUAAAUAUUAGCGAAUCAAUUUUAGAAUGGUAUAUGAAAUUAUAUUUUGCAUGAAAAUACUUUAUAUGGCAUAAAGAUAAAAUAUGUUGGUAUAUAGAAAGAAAUUAGUUUUGAAAAAAAAAAAAAAAAGAAAGAUUAAAUAAAAUAAAAGUGCAAUCUUGUUUCAGAUUGUUCAUUUUUAUUCGCAGAAAAUUUUAAUUGUAAAGUGUAAUAUAUAUAAUAUUCAGUAUUGAUAUAGUGCAGAAGAAUAUAUCUUUGAACAUACUUUACAUGUGUGCACUGUAUUAUAAUAAGAAAUUUUGAAAUGCUUUGUGUCCAUUCCAAAAAGCUUACAUUUAACAAUACCUAUGUACAGGUAAAUCUACAAUGUUAUGUAAAAUAUAAAGAUGUAUUGUUCAUAAAUGUAUAUGUGAAAAAUAGAAAAUUGAAGAAAUACCUUAAAAA